ACUUCACAUCUAACUAAUAUGGCUUUCAGUUUGUUUGCCUCACCUGUUCUUCAAACUGAUUAAUCUGUAGGCUAGGAUUUCAUUUAUAAAUGAGACAGGAGAUGCAGAAGACAUUCAAUAUCUGGGGUUAAUGUCAUGCCCAUUCACACGAUUUGUAUUACUUUUUAAAUAGGUUGUUAAAUAGCAGAUUCCACCCCCAGGGCUCUCCUGCCUGGCAGCAAAACAUGCUGCUGAUCUCUUUCAGUCAGGUGUGUAAGCAAAACUUUGGCAAGGCUGACAAGUUGCAUGAAGCCGAUAGCUCAGUCUUACCCUUGGGUACUGGUGAUCAGCUAGCAGUAUCUGCCUGAAUGGAUUUAGCAGAACUUGAAGGUAUGCUUGGUAGUCAGAACUUGAUGGCCUUGUUGUGUGCUCCCUCUAUACUUAUUCCUUUGUUACUUGUCUCACACUACAAAACUCUUAAGCUAGUAGGUGCCAACAUCCUCAUUAAAAGAUCAGAUAUUACUCUCUACUAGUGCUUGUCGUCAUCUACUUCUGUUGAAUAAUUAAUCUGUAAGAGUAGUUACUGAGAGUACUUUAUGCCAAACUGAGACUUGCUCCCUGACUGUACUCUGAACCAAAGAAAAUACACAAGCAAAUACAAACUGAAUGUAACAAGUAAGGCAGCCACAGGAUUUCCCAGUUUCUGAGAGCCUGAAGAAAUGGGAUAUCAACCCAAUCAUCAGCCACAGCAGAGAAAAGCCAUGUGACCUGGAAGACUUCAGCUUCAUCCUCUCCAAGAACUGCACCAGAUUCUCCUCACCUUUUGGCUCAUUCUGCAGAGCCAAAACCUCUGGACUUCAGCAACAUGGAACAGGAGGUGCUGGAAGAAGAAAUAGAGAGUGCAUUGCAUUCAACAGAUGUACAACCUGCCUAGCAGGAGGAAGAGGAGUCCAGUGACAGACAGGCAGCCUUCUAGGACCUGCAACUACUCCCCAGCAGCUGCAGGCGUAUCCCAGGCUGUCUACAGGAGAUGCAAAUACAGGUUACUGUUACGGAUGAAAAAGAGAAACAGCACUCAGGGGACUGAAUUUCUUCCACAUGCCAUGUGUGUGGGGACAAGGAAAAUGUCAUGACUGUCUGCUGUGGACUGUCAAAACCCAGGAAGGAACAGGGAGCAAAAACCCGAUGGAAUAAGGAGGAGUACAGAAAGUCAGCGGGAAGAAAACAAGUGGUGGUAGAAACAUAGUGACCACAAUGAAUCACCACAUUUCCAACUGUGAUAGAGACUCGUUGCAGUCUGUACACACAGCUCCUCACAAACAACAUUUAUUUCAAAUAACAAAGCAGCCCCUUUCAGCCACGUGACUUAUGCUUCAUUGCUUCAUCUUCCCACUCCUGCUUCCCCACUGGGGCUAACACAGUCUUCUGUGGAGGGACUGAACGAACCAAACCACUCAAACUCACAACUGCCAUCUCUGGGUUCCUAAGUCAUCACCCCACCACAUUCCCCUGGAUGUCAGCAAAGUCCUCACCAACCAUUCCUAUCACUCUCCUGUACAAGCAGCAGUAAGAAGCAAGAAACAAAUUGGCCUUGACCAAAGGGAUUUGAAACCAUAUUCUCAUCUCAUUCCUAAUGCUGCUGCAAACCUUGGUCAGAACAAUAUUCCUGGAUUUGCUGUUUCGGUUGUGAUCUGGAAACAGAAGAUAUCAUGCUGCCUUCCUUCUCCUGUGCUAUUUUAGGGGCAGCUCUUACCACCAGUUAGAGUUUACUGGUGGGAAGUUCACUAUGUAGCCAAGUUACAGUGUCCUAUUACCUCAGAGGUUGUUUUUGUUGGGAACAUUGGGCUGUAAGAGAAGGGAUUCAAGACUCUAACCCUGUCAGUGCAUCUUUUUGACAUCUUCCUAAAUUGCCAGCUUGACAGAGGAGAGUAAUCAUUUAUAUGCUGACAUAAUGCAUUUCGUGGUGUUGCUGGGAAGCCCUCCAUAUUAAUUGAGUCCUUUUAACAGCAGUGACAUGAAAGACAUGCACAUUUUCUUUGGCAAUAAACCAGCAUUGUUCAGCCUUUCACUAGCUCACUGAGAAACAGUACACUGAGAAAGUUCCUUUCCUUUUGUGUAUUACUUUCCACAUCUCUCUGAGAUUCUGGAAAUGACAAGGCAGAAGUUACUUUGGGGAAAAAAUCCUUUUAGCUUAAGUAGACAUGCAUAACUAGUGCCCAUGACACCAGAUGGAAAAACUACAUGAUGGAUCAUUUGUCGUCAUCAGGAAAAAUAACAGAUGAAACUUGAGUAACCAGGCAAACCUAAAGCAGGCUGGAUGGUCAAGACAUGAGGGAUUGGUUUUCUGCCAGUUUAUUACUGACAGGCUAGUGGGCACAGGACACUCCCUGCACAUUGCACAAGGGAAAACUUUAGCAGUUGCUGGUGAUUCCACUGAUUCUUUUGAACUUCCCACACACGUGAAUGUUGGCAUCUUCAGAUGCCCGUUGCUGAAGUGUGCUUCUCCAGCUGCCCAAACCCUUCUCCCACAACAGGAGCAGUUUCUUAUCAGCAAGAUAUUCAGGGCAAAGGAAGAAAAAAGCUUAUAACCAAAGCAUUUCUGUAUUUACUUUACCAAUGGUUGGGGUUUAGUUAGAACGGGCUAAUUUUGAGAAGAUACCGGCCUACCUAAAGGUAUUUUGGAGACCAGUGGUCAUUGAUAGAUUUGGGAAAAUCAACUAAUGCAAUGUUGGCACUAGAGCUGAGCACAGAAAAAGGUGAUUGCAGUAAUCAGUCUGCACUGAGAUGCUCCUAAGAUAUUUUAAUUUAAUUCAUUUAUUACUGUGAGAAAAAAAAGUCACAAAGCCUAAAACACUGAUGGUCUGGGCUUUCACAAGGGAGACAUGGGUUUUUGCUUCUGCAUUAAGUCAAGCUAAUCAAAGACAUAAAUACAUGGUACCCUGUGCCACCUCAAAGCAAAUAUUUACCAUUCAGUUUGGGGACGUUUUGUCCAGACUGUUGUUUCUCUAUCUGCCCAACUCUCUUAGCUGAACAAACUCCUGACCAACACCAGGUUUGGUCCUUUGAACCAUCUUUCUCAUUAGCAGCAGAGCAGAUUUGUACUUCUCAAGUCUCCAAGUUUAUUUUUAAAACUGAAAUGAAAGUGGAAUGCAUCUAAAAAGAACAUGCUUUAACCCCAAAACCUUUAUUUUCCUUCCUCCAAUAAAGCUCAUAUUGACAUGUGUAGCUCUGAACUGGAAGUAAAUGGUAUCAAUUCCUAAGAGGGUUUCUUUCUGUUUUCUUUAUGCUGUAUGACACUCUGGGUAGCAGACAGCUCCAGUAUAGCUAUUUGUUUCAGAUUGUUGGCAUCAUUAAGAGUGUGCUCAGCUGUUUUAAGAAUGUCUGAAGUUAAUAUGAUAGUAAUUGGCUUGUUAGAGAAAUCAGUGUAGGGAAGAGGAGAUCCAAUUAGUUACGCAGCUUUCAGUGUCAUUUCUUAAGCUUCUGGGUCUUCAAAUUCAACUGGAAAAGUUAAAAGCAAGAAUUCCUGCCUAAGUUCUUGUAGUGGGUCUGGGACGGUAGUGACUUUCCACAGCAGCUCCUGCAGUGCUGUGCUUACUGUUGAUAUCAAUAUUAUGACUACCGCUUGCACAACAUCGGGGCUGUCCCUCCAGCAUUCCUUCCCCCACCUUCACCAAUAGCUGUGAGUGGGCAUGAUCUUGGGAGGGACUAUGGCCAGGACAGCUGACCCAGGCUGACCAAGGAGAUAUUCCAUACCAUAUGACGUCAGCUCAGGAAUAUAAACUGGGGGAAAGGAGCAGGAAGGGGAGGCGAGAUUCAUUUCUGGCCUUCCCAAAGCAACCGCUACGCGUACUGAAGCCCUGCUUCUCGGGAGGUGGCCGGACAUCGCUGCUGAUGGGAAGUAGAGAGUAACAGCUUUAUCUGCUUCUGCUUUGCUUCCCGCGCGCGCGGCUUUGCUGCUUAUUUACUUAUUAAACUGCUUUUAUCUCAACCCACGAGAUUCCCAUCUUAUUUUCUCCCCUUCCCUGGCUUGCUUCUCGGGAGGUGGGGGGUAAAGCGGUGUGGUGGGCACCUGGCAUCCAGCCAGGCUCAAACUACCACAGCCCUUUUGGCGCCCAACGUGGGGCGAGAUAAUAGCAGAUUUACAUUAACUGCAUUGCAAUUACAGUAAACCAAUGAGAGCAAAGUUCCUGUGCUGGUCACGGGGCCUUGCUGUUAUGCAGCUUAUCUUACACUUUCUAAUGUUUGGGAACAUGAUGCUCCUAACAUUGACUCUCGGCUGUGCUUUAACCUUAAUAGCUUUGCUAAGCUGGCUAUAUAAUUUUGUGAAGAGGAUGAAAGGGCCUGGGAACAUGAUGGCCCAAAUAAUAAUAGCAAGUCUCAUUCUGUUACUGAUGAAUUUAGUGUGCUGUGGGAGCUAUCUUGUGGAGGCCAUGGGGCAAAGCACCUCUUUCUCCUCAGCUCGGACUGAUCUAGACAAUUCUGUUACACAGACUUCCCAGGUCCUUAGUCACCCUUAUACGAGAGUUUUAAUAUUACUAAUUAACAUGGUUGGUAUAUUAUAUAUCUUGUGGAAUCUGGAGUCAUCUGGGUAUCAGAGAGUACAAAUUUGCGAUGGAAACAUGUUAAAAUGCCCCCUGAAGCGGCCAGUCCCUGGGUGGCAGGGUAUGUGGAUGAAUUUAGGCAAAUUCCUAGGACGGUUAUCACCUCCUGUAAUCUGGGAUUUUACAUCUGAACAGAUAAAAAACCCUGCUUUACUGACACGCUACCUGAUAGAAGGGUGUCUUACCUACCCUAAUGAGGCCCAUCAGGUUCAGGCACUAUACUGGGGCCUAGCCUCUGCCUACCGAGCUGCAUUCCAGUCCUCUCAGAGAACUGUAAUUGAAAUGGAAACUCAAACGGUACCUGAGACCAACAUAGUUGAGUCAGUCGCAGUCCAGCCCUCUCAGAGAACUAUGACCGAGGUGGAAAUUCAAACUAUACCUGAGACCAACAUAGUUGAGUCAGUCGCAGUCCAGCCCUCUCAGAGAACUAUGGCCGAGGUGGAAAUUCAAACUAUACCUGAGACUACCAUGGUUGAGUCAGGGAACCAAACAACAACCACAGUGGUUGCCCCAGUAGUGAAAAAGAAGCAGUGGAUAAGGAGGUCAAGUCCAUAUCAUCGAUUAGUAAGGGCAGACGAGGAGGAAGAGGAAAGGCUAGAAGAAGAAACUGGUCCUUCGGUAAGGAGAUCAGGAGAAGUGAGAGAAAUCGAAAAGGAAAUGGAAACUACUCGGUCCCUCACCUCAACAGAACUUAGAGAUAUGCGAAAAGAUUACAGUCGCCAGCCAGGUGAGCGGAUUGGUGCCUGGCUGCUCCGAUGCUGGGAUAACGGGGCUGACAGUCAACAAUUGGAAGGCAGAGAAGCCCAACAGCUAGGAUCUCUUGCUAGGGACCGGGGAAUUGAUAAAGGCAUUGGAAAGAAAACCUCAGUUUGUAGUCUCUGGAAACGACUCCUCUCAAGUGUACGGGCAAGAUACCCAUUCAAGGAAGACCUUGUAAAUGCCCGAGGAAAGUGGACUAGAGCUGAUGAAGGGAUCCAAUAUCUAAGGGAAUUAGCUGUGUUGGAAGUCAUCUAUGGUGAUCUGGAUAAUGUUGAGGCCUCCACAGAUCCAGACGAUGUCCAGUGUACACGGGCCAUGUUGAGAAAAGUGAUCCAGAGUGCCCCAGCUACAUAUUCUAAUAUCCUGGCAAUGGUGUAUCAUCCAGACAUGGACAUACCAACAGUGGAGAGGGUAUCUUCUUGGUUACAGAACUAUGAAGAGAGCCUCUGCACCUCCUCAUCAGUGUGGGAUGAUGGCCUGAUUGUUAGAUCUGCCUCAAGAAUUCAGUCAUCCACUGUCCCGACCAGGGGAAAGGGAAGUCCCAGACGCAGGAGUACACCGCGAAAUGAACUCUGGCUCUUUUUGCGUGGCCAAGGAGAGGAUAUGAGGAAGUGGGAUGGUGAACCCACUUUUAAGCUAGAAGCGCGUGUACGUGAACUAAGGGGGAAGGCAGCUGUUAGAAAAGGACCGCCCAAGAGGGCUGUCAGCAGAGUGGCUGCCAAAACAAAAGAGGACAAUCAACAAUCUCCAAGACAUAGAAGAACUGCAACUACUUCCUUCGAAGCCAAUGAGGAGACUUCAGGUCUGCAAUUGCAAGGAUCAGAUAGCGAAUACUCUGAUGAAGAACAGAAAUAGAGGGUCCCUGCCUCCAGCCAGGAGGAGGAAAGGGAUGACCGAAUCUACUGGACUGUGUGGGUUCGAUGGCCUGGCACAUCAAACCCACAAAGGUAUAAAGCCUUAGUAGACACAGGGGCACAGUGUACAUUGAUGCCAUCAAGGUAUAGAGGCACAGAUUCUGUCUGGAUCUCUGGAGUGACAGGGGGAUGUGAAGAAUUAUCUGUAUUAGAGGCUGAAGUGAGCUUAACAGGGGACAAAUGGAAAAAACACCCCAUUGUGACUGGUCCAGAGGCCCCUUGUAUUCUUGGCAUAGAUUACCUCAGGAGAGGGUACUUCAAAGACCCCAAGGGGUAUCGAUGGGCUUUUGGUAUAGCCACUGUAGAUACAGAGAAAAUCAAACAACUCUCUAAUUUACCUGGCCUCUCAGAAGACCCUUUUGUUGUGGGAUUGCUGCAAGUUCAAGAGCAACAGGUACCAAUUGCUACCAGGACAGUGCACCGGAGGCAAUAUCGCACGAACCGAGAUUCCCUGGCUCCCAUCCGUGAGUUGAUUCAUCAACUGGAGGCACCACUGGGAGUCGAACCCAGGAUCUCCUGUUUACCAGACUGUAGUGGGUCUGGGACGGUAGUGACUUUCCACAGCAGCUCCUGCAGUGCUGUGCUUACUGUUGAUAUCAAUAUUAUGACUACCGCUUGCACAACAUCGGGGCUGUCCCUCCAGCAUUCCUUCCCCCACCUUCACCAAUAGCUGUGAGUGGGCAUGAUCUUGGGAGGGACUAUGGCCAGGACAGCUGACCCAGGCUGACCAAGGAGAUAUUCCAUACCAUAUGACGUCAGCUCAGGAAUAUAAACUGGGGGAAAGGAGCAGGAAGGGGAGGCGAGAUUCAUUUCUGGCCUUCCCAAAGCAACCGCUACGCGUACUGAAGCCCUGCUUCUCGGGAGGUGGCCGGACAUCGCUGCUGAUGGGAAGUAGAGAGUAACAGCUUUAUCUGCUUCUGCUUUGCUUCCCGCGCGCGCGGCUUUGCUGCUUAUUUACUUAUUAAACUGCUUUUAUCUCAACCCACGAGAUUCCCAUCUUAUUUUCUCCCCUUCCCUGGCUUGCUUCUCGGGAGGUGGGGGGUAAAGCGGUGUGGUGGGCACCUGGCAUCCAGCCAGGCUCAAACUACCACAGUUCUGUAGCAAAACUAAUCCAUAGACACAUGAAAAUAAAUGAGGUACUAGAGGAGAGCAAACAAGCAGCUUGUCGUGGAGUUGGACUUCUCUGUUUUGGUUGAAACGAUGCAAGGAAUGGGAAGAGCCAUCUGCU